AAGGCGGACACAGUCUGUUUCAUGGGAGUGUAUUACGAAAGAUGUAUCCGUAUAUUAGAUCCAUGAAAGUAUAGGGAAAUAGCAUAAGCAUAUCAGUGAACAGACAGGUACGUUAUUUGAUUUCGUUCCUAUAUUUGUAGACCUAAAGUGCGUGUUUUGGAGCAGUACUCGGAGCUGCGAUGGGAGCCCUGAAACAGCUUGGGCAGCUGUUAUGGAAAAAUGUCAUCCUUCGAAGGCGAGAACCGAUGUGUUCAACACAACUUCACAUUAAAAAUCUUCCAAAAUAAUGUUCAUGUUUUGCUUCUGGAGAUCAUCUGGCCGUUGAUAAUAUUUGGCAUCGUCGCUCUGGUGAGACAUGGAACGCCAGGCAAUGAAAAAAACACAUGUUCCUAUGCCGAAAAAGCCAUGCCUAGUGCGGGAAUGCUGCCAUUCAUACAGUCCACAGUGUGUAGUCUUCAGAAUCCCUGCGAGGAACAGUCUACCAUACAGCAACGCCAAGCAUCAGCUUCCAAAUUGACGUCUUUGGUUUCCGAUUUACAGCCAUAUUUAACCGCUGAAACGUCGGUACAAGCGUUACAAACAUUAGAAAGCAGUGUUAAAGUUGUGAAGGGAAUGAACAUACUUCUUAGUCCAACAAAUAGUUCUGAUGGGACGGCACUGCCAGGCCUGCUGACUGCUUUGGGAAAUGACACCUUCACUGUUAGAAAGCUGCUAAAAGAUGCUAAUAAAGUAAAGGGUGUGUUGGUGGACGAACUGAAGAUCAUGUCGCCUGAGGUAGCUGAUGCAUUUCUCAAUGCGUCCAUCGACGUGUUUCGUAUUUUUCAGUCCAUCGGUGGCAUAGACUUACGGUAUAUCGUGUGUAACGCUGAAGAACUAAAGAAAUAUAUGAUUUUUGACAAGAGCACCAAUAUCAGCCAAAUUUCCGAGGAACUGUGCUUCAUAGACAGCGACAAGAUUCCCGCCAUUACAGACACCGUACAGUCACAGAUGGACAUCGCCGCCAUCAUACGAAUAGCGAAAACACUGACAACAUUAACGCAAACGUACGAAUUAGGGGAUGCCCUAGAGGACAUCGCUUCCAUGGUAGAUGUGCUGUCUGGUACCUCAUCCAUCGUAAACAUGUUUUCCUCCACGACAAUGUUACAGGACCUUCCCUCAUUGCUGAACAAACUACCUGGCUUUGUAGAUCUCUUCACUCAGAUGCAGUCGUUUGAAUCCUCGAGUGUUGAUGGAUUACUGAUGUUCCUAAAUCCAAUCAUACAAAGUUUCGCUCCAAACUUCACUGAUUGGCAGACAAUAAUGGGUUUGGCAGAUCAACUUAAAUCAGCGGCGGACGCCAUUGGAUCAGACGGGAACCUAAACUUGACGGCGGUGCUCAACUCUGGUCUUGAGGACUUAUCCAGUAUCUUGGACAUGUUUAGCAAUGAUACCGACCUGUCGGCAUUACUACAGCUGUCUGCAUAUUCCGGGGACAUGUCCGCCUCCACACAGGCACUUCUAGAGGGACAACCUAUGGACGUACAGUCCAUAGAGCGGUCUUUAAGUGGCAUCCAGAUGAUGAUGGAACAGAUUGCCGGUAAAAAUUCAACAGACCAGAUGUUCUGUACGGCUGACAGUGUGAUGGACAUGCUCACCACUAUGGUCAAAUACUCCGAAGGUGUAAAAAAGGAAGCAGAUUUUGCAUUUGGAGAAUUUGUGAUAUUUCUGGAAAGCUUAAAUUUGGACAGUAAAGAUUUAGCAAUCGUCAGGAAUGUGAUGUUCACACCACAAGUAUUGACGGAGAUCCUGCAAGGUCCAAACAAUUACUCGGCUGUGUGCCAGCAGGCCCUAGGAGAGGUGACGGCCUACAUGGACCCUCAAACUGCUGUACGAGUGAUGGAUAUGUGCACCGCGGACAUAUUUUCUCCUUCGUAUGGCAGACUGCGUGAUGCGAUCAAUGUCACAUCCGUUGAAAAGGAGAUGGAAGAUGCUUUUAUGAAGCUUAGUAUGUCCCUGGAAGGAUAUAACUGCACUGUGGGGGCGCGUUUGACUAUGGUAGAUCUUUAUCCCGUGGCGAUGAAUAUAACAACACGGCUUUCUGCUUUGGGGACACCACAUUACCCGUGGGAGAAGCGUGGCGUCGAAUCGUCCAUGGAUUUGACGGACGAAGAGUGGAUGAGGAUGCACGGUGUACUAGGAGAGACAAUACUAAACAUUACCUGGGAUCCUAUGGUGACCAUGGUCGGGCCUAUGCUGGAGAAGACGCCCCUGUGGUCCGUGAUGGGCCCUAUGUUAUAUAGUGUGUAUACACAGAUGAAUUCAAUGACACAACAAAUGCAGUUUAUGGAAACAAUGAUGGAUCCAUCCACUGACACGGGCAAGCUGAUGAUCUACGUCAUCGAGUAUAUGCCGGAAAUCAUGGUCACUAUGAUGAAUGCUAAUUCCUCUCAAAUGUUGACAGAGGUGCUGAGUUCCCCAGACCCCAUGAUGGUCAUGUGUAACCAGCAAAUACUGCAGAAGAUGAGUAUGCCGGAGUACGUGCCUGUGGUGGACAUGGAGAUGGCUUUGUGUAAUAUCAACUGGACCCAGAUAGUUGACGGCAUGACGGCUUCGUUUGACAUGACUGCAAUGAUGCAACAAGACAAUAUGUUUCUUGAACCAAAUUCUACAACUGGGGUACCUGAUAAAUUUGAUUGGGAUGGAAUGGUGUCCAACAUGCACCAGAUGGAGAAGAUGUUUAAUGGAGAAAGUCCUGUUAUGGAUUUGAUAAUGACCAUCAAUUUUACGAGAAUGGAGGAGGCUAUGAUGACCAUGAUGAUGUCCAGUAUGACUGACAUGACUGCAAUGUUGCCGAUGGACCCAUCAAAUAUGAACAUGACUUGGGAAGGAUUGGUAUCUGCCAUUACUGGAAUGGGAAACCUUACUAGUGGUUUCCAACAGUCGGACAUGGUAAACAUGUUACUGAACAUGAUUUUACAGGGGAAUGGCAGUGACAUUACAGCACUAAAAAACAUGGAGGCAGUGUUCACCAACCAAAUGCAUACCUCUCUACAGUUUUUCAUCAGACAUCUCACCUACUUCAACAACACUGAUCCUGUAGAUCUCCGGGCAUAUCUUGGCUCAGCAGAGUUCAACAAGAUAUUAGAUAAUAUGGUGGCUGGCCCUGACAUAAGUAGCGUAAUGUUGGAGACGUUGAGUGCUGCGAUGACAGACACGGAUUUGAUUAACUAUUUGAUGAGCAACCUGGAACAGCUGUGUACAAACCUGACCAUAUUUGAAAGGAUUGUCAAGGUACCAACUGGUAGCACUGUUAAUCUUGGCCAACUACAUUCAACCAUUUGUGGAUUUGAUGUCAACAUCACCAAAAUGUUUGAGGAUCUUAUACAGAAUGUUGAUGGACUUUCAGACAUGUUGGCUAUGUUCACCUCAGUCUCACCACCACCAGGAUUAGUGUCGGUUAACUACACAACAAUUAUGGCUGAGCAGACACUUGUUAACAGUUUGGUGGAGAGUCUGAUCAUGUACCCCCCUACCAUCAUCCUCGGGGGCAGCGAGGACUGGACGAACCUAACACUCUACAUGGGACAGUUAGAGAAAUUCAUGGAGGAUCUCUCUACUGCUUUUACCGUCAACAAUCUGCCACAAUUACAAGGAAAAGGUUUUGAUAGUGCAUUCUCUAGCCUGCAGUCCAUACCAGAAAUGGAGUCAAUGUUACAGAUGAUUAGCUUCUACGUCAAAACGACCAAGGAGCGGUUUAGUCAGAGUAUAGAUGCCUCUGAGGAUCCUCUGGCUGCUUUGAAGGGCUUCCCAACCUUACAGAAACUGAUGAAGCUUGCAGAUGACAUUCCUCACCUGUAUGCUGUCUUGGUUUUCAAUUUUAUCUAUCACUCACAACAGGUGAACAACAUCUUAAUGGUGGGUUCCUGGGAGGAUUUUUGUGUACUAACUGAUCUUCCUUUGGACGUACCGGGAUCCAAGUUCAGCAUGAGUGAUUUCCACACAGAGCUUUGCUCCCUCAAUCUGACGGCCCUGGAGAAAGAGGCUGCAGCAUACCAGGCCAUGUCCUAUGGCCUACUGGUCAGCUAUGUUCUCUCUAAAUAUCUUAAGCUUAAGACGUAUUUAAAAAUUAUACAUUUGAAGAACAAUUGA